AUGACGAGGAACCUGGAGCAGGGUGGCAGGGAGGGGUCCAGCCCCCCUCAGGGCCCCCUGGGAAGGCACGAAGUUAUUACCAGGCUGCCCCUUGCCGUCCGAGCGCCCACUGCCCGCCGCGCCUUUGCGCGCCAGCUCUGGCUUCUCUUCGAGUUCCCCGAGAGCUCGCAGGCCGCGCGCGUGCUCGCCGUCGUCUCUGUGCUUGUCAUCCUUGUCUCCAUAGUCGUCUUCUGCCUCGAGACACUGCCCGACUUCCGCGAUGACCGCGACAACCCGGGGCUCGCCGCGGUGGCUGCCGCUGGCCCGUUCCCGGCUCGACUGAACGGCUCCAGCCCAGUGCCUGGACCCCCACCUCGCUUGCCCUUCGAUGACCCGUUCUUUGUGGUGGAGACGUUGUGCAUCUGUUGGUUCUCCUUCGAGCUGCUGGUGCGCCUGGCAACCUGCCCAAGCAAGACAGCCUUCUUCAAGAAUGUGAUGAACCUCAUCGAUUUCGUGGCCAUCCUGCCCUAUUUUGUGGCACUGGGUACCGAGCUGGCCCGGCAGCGGGGGGUGGGCCAGCCAGCCAUGUCAUUGGCCAUCCUUCGAGUCAUCCGACUAGUGCGCGUCUUCCGCAUCUUCAAGCUGUCCCGACACUCCAAGGGCCUGCAGAUCUUGGGCCAGACCCUACGAGCCUCCAUGCGUGAGCUGGGCCUCCUCAUCUUCUUCCUCUUCAUUGGUGUGGUCCUCUUCUCCAGCGCAGUCUACUUUGCUGAGGUUGACCGGGCAGACUCCCAUUUCACCAGCAUCCCUGAGUCCUUCUGGUGGGCAGUGGUCACCAUGACCACAGUUGGCUAUGGAGACAUGGCACCCGUCACUGUGGGUGGCAAGAUAGUGGGCUCUCUGUGCGCCAUCGCAGGCGUGCUGACCAUUUCCCUGCCUGUUCCAGUUAUUGUCUCCAACUUCAGCUACUUUUACCACAGGGAGACAGAGGGUGAAGAGGCUGGGAUGUUCAGCCAUGUGGACACACAGCCCUGUGGCCCACUGGAGGGCAAGGUCAAUGGGGGUUUGGUGGAUCGAGAGGUGCCUGAGCUACCACCUCCACUCUGGGCACCCCCUGGGAAACAUAUGGUCACUGAAGUGUGAGGGACAGUUGAGGUCUGCGGGACCUCAUGUUUCCUUGGAGGGAGGGAUGGAGGGAGGGGGCGAGGAGGGGGAAGGAUGGGGGG